AUGUUCUCCAAAUUCCUCAGAAAGCCUUCAAAAACUCCUCUCAUAGCAAGCUCUCUCCCAGUACUGCCAAUGGUCGAAGUUGAUGUUGAUACGUAUCUUAGAGCAAAGAGGAUGAUCUUCUCACACAAUGAGUGUAGAUUGGUGCUUUCUCAAGACCCGGAGAACUUCCCGCUCUACACAUCAUCUAUACUGCUUUACCUGGCAUCUUCGUUUCUCGUAAAGUCUGCAAUCUAUGACACUGCAGUGCUUCUUAGCAACGUUCUCAGGGUUCCUAUCAUUGCUGUAAUAGAGAAUCCAGGACCGUGCUAUCACCGACUUUACCGUUUUCUCUAUGGCACUUACCGGAUAAUAAGUGUAGGAAUCAAUAUGCAUAAGACUACUUAUCAACCAAAAGAUAUAAUUGCGCAUUUCAAUGUUUACUAUUCUGCAAACAUUGUGUUGACGGAAUACUUUCCCACACUUGUCAAGAACGAACAUCAGCUCCUUACCCCAGCACACGAGCUAUCGCUAACAUUUUCUUUGCUCUUGCGAAACGUCGGGGUCUUCUACCUGUCCCCAUAUCCAUUGCGACUGCGUACGGGGCCCCUCCAGGUGGCACAGCUUUCCAACUCUGUGCUUUCCUGGGAUGUUCGGUCACAAGCAGUCCAGCAACAGGGGGUACCACCAGACCCAGCAUUUACAAAUGCCACCAAGCGGCUGCCAUCUCACAGCACAAACUACCCGCAAUACCCCUGGAUCUCCCCUCUCAUCUCCACAUGCGUGCUUGUUUAUGACACUGGACUUAAAAAAGAAAAAUACGAACUCAAUCUAUCUUUACGAAUGAAAGAUUGUAUGGAUCUGUGGCUGGCUGAAAAUGCCUCUUGUCUGAUACGAGAAUUAUACCACUCAACUGAUGUUUAUUCCAUGCUUAAAGGCAUUCUUCUUCUUAUGAUCGUCAAUUCUGGCCUAUCUGCAUAUCAUGCAGGUCUCCAUUCAUCAACAAAACAAUACACAACCGAGACUCCUGUGCGUACAAGCCAAAGGCAGAGGAAGUGGAGAGAUGUAGAUGCUCAGUUUGAGGCAUUGUCUCUGGCUCUAGAGACAGCAGACAAAAGCGUUGAUCACUUGGUUGGAAAAAACCUUCAGGCGUGUUCGGAAAGCCUGACACACACAUGCUCCGACCUUCUGAAUCAGCUGACAAGCGAUAGUGGCCAAGAGACGAUAUCGCAUGUCAUUAUUGCAACCUACCUGGGAUACAUUUCGUUAGAAGCCUUCUUAUUGUUCCUUUCUACACAGAAAGCAAGUGCAGCACGCCGCCAAAACAGUCAAAAUAGUCAAAACAGUCAAGACGGUAGAGAGCAGGACAGUGAAGACACAUUCACCAAGAUAUACACAUUUGCACUGCUUGACGUAAAGAGCUCUAACAAGAUAGAAGAGGAGAACACAGUAACUCCUCAGUACUUAUUAUGGGUACUUUACAACAAUCACGUGCGAAGAUUGUACUUUGAAAUGCUGCACUCGUUAGACAUUUCCCUGUGCCCAAUAGCCAGCCAAGGUGGAUUUGUCAACUUUUCUGAAAAGGUUCUUAGUGUGCUUCAGAUCCAGUUGCUCUUUGCCCUGUGCUCUCCUAGCUCGCUUGAUCAGUACCUCCUGUUUGUGUUCAGAACUAGUUUUCAGUAUGCUCGGCCAGAGCUCGUAAGCCCUAUGCCUCUAGUUUCGCGGCAAUAUUUAGCGUAUGAUCUCACGAUAGUGGACAUAAUCGCUAUACUUAGCCCAAUAUAUCGAAAGAUGGUCUACCUGUACGCUUUACGGUACAUAGAACGUACCAUCUUCAGCGUUUAUGGGAGGAAUGUGUCUCGGAGUGCAUCCCGACGGCCAGUAGGCUUGCUUCCAAAUUUUCGUAAUGCGAGUAAUCAAAUUCAUCCAGGACAGGGAUAG